AUGGGCAUGAGCCGCACGUGGAUCAAGGAGCUGGGCAUAAUGUGGGCCGUGCCCAAUCCCAAGGACCCCCGCCGCCCCACCAUGCACCGCCUGCACCUCGUGGCGCGCAGUGGCAAGAUGCACCCCAAGCGCCGCCAGUCCGCCCCGCCUGCUGCCAGCAAGGGCAGCAAGAAAGGCAGCGACGCCGCUGCGAACGGCACGGCUGAGCCGUUUCUGCUGCGCGUGGCGUAUAACAACAAGCAGCUGCCCGUGCCGUUUGAGAUGGGGGAGGUGGUGGAGGGAGCGGGAGGGAGUGUGCUGGCGACGAAUGGCAGUGGGUAUAGUGCGGGGGAGGUGGAGAAGUUUGGGCAAUUUGCUGUGGAGCGGUAUGAGCUGGCGGUUGCUGACGUGGCACGGAUGAUCAUACGCGCACGCGUGGCACACCCGAUGCUACAAACCCCAACCGACUCACAGGCGCAUUUCAGCGUGGAGUUUCUACUAGUGGAGGCGAGUCCAGGCAUGCACGGGGUGGUGGGCCAGACGUACCAGCAGGCGCCAGAGCGGGCGGCGCGGGUGGCAGAGGUGGUGGAGAGAGCGAGGAAGACGGGGCUUCCCGUGAUGACAGAUGAGGAGGUUGGGAAGGGGUUUUUGGAUGGGGAGGUGGGGGAUUAUGAGUCGAGCCACAUUGGGGCGCCCAAUUGUAAAUUCACGCGGUUCGGCAAGAAGUGA